AUGACUCGGCUGCUGCGGGAGAUGGAGCGGAAGACCCAGCAGCAGAGAAGCUUUGCCCGGGGAGCCCUGCUCUUCUCUGCCUUGCAGCAGUGGCAGUUCUGGGCCAUUGCUGGAGUUGUGGUCGUGCUCUUUGGACUCUGCUGGUGGCUGAGGAAAAGGAGCCAGCAGCCAGACAGCAGCAGUGAAGAGGAGAGCUCCAGCAGCGACAGUGAGCAGGUGCAGGACGAGGGCGGAGAAUUUGAAGACCACCUAUUGUUUUCUGAGAUGUACAUCCAUUGGCCAGUUCAGAACCGGGUCAGUGAGUGCGUGACUGUGAAGGACCUGGUGGACAACUUCAUGCUUGUCUUCAGAUCGCUCUUGUUAAAUAGUUUAUUCCCAGAGCUGCAAUCAGCCAUUGGGUUGGGCAGUGCAUUUGAAGGCUGGAGUCCCUGUGAAGAAGAUGUCAUCUACCAUGUGCUCGUGCCCAUGAAGCCUCCCCGUUCGCACACCUUCCACCUGGAGCUGUGGGAUGCUGGGGAGACAAUGGCAAGGAACUUCCGCAUCCGCGUGGAGCAGAAGUGCACCUGCAUGAGGGAGCGUCUGGUGGGGGACGUGCCGUGCUUCCUCCACCACCCUGAGGAAGAGCAGAGGAGGAAUGAGAAACACAGUCUCCUAGACACCCUCUGCACAGGCUUCUACCUAGAUGCACAGAAAACUGCCCGCUGGUUCCAUCUAUUGGUGAGAUCAGCCUGGGUGCUUUUGCCUCAGGCAUCCAGUUUCCGUCUAAAGAUGCUGCCUUGCAGCCGCUCCUGCAAAUUCCAGCUGACAAGACCCGACCAGAAAAGAAUCAUCAUUGAGAUUUUGUCUGGGGUGCAGCAAGGCGACUCGGACAUCUUUGUGACCAGCCAGAGUACAGAGGCCAUCUUCACCCCAAGCACCAUGUGGCCAGAGAGCUAUGCUGUGGCAGAGGUGAAGUUCUUCCAGCAUGUGGCCCAGCAGGCCCCACGUGACACCUUCCACCUCAAAUGCCUGCAGGUCUGUGCCCACAUCUUGGUGGGCAUAGACAUUUCCACCUAUACCCUGAAGACAGUUGUGAUGCACCUCCUGAACACCCUACCCCUGGGGGGCUGGAACAGAAGGGAAGUCAUGAUGCGGCUGCAGGAUAUCAUGGAGUACCUGUGUGCCUGCCUGGAGGAGAAACGCCUCAACCACUUCUUCUUUGGCAAUGAGAACAUGCCUGAGGAGAUAAUCUUGCCCCCAGCCUUACAAAUGGCUGAACCUCACAACAUCUUCCAGCACCUGGUACAUGAUCCGGAGGCCCACGCCAAGGCACUGCAUGAGUUCAAUGAGUUGAAAAGUCGGCUUGUAAGACUGCUGUUGUGUGGACACUGA